GGAGACGACGUGUGCAGAAGUCCCUCUCCUCCAGGUACCAGCUCCCUGUUUCCGUGGAGGAAGGCUGACUUCAGACCGAGGGACAGAGGAAAAACUACUCUAUAGCCCUGCAGGUCUUCAGGUCUGUGGUUGUGGGCACCAACCCAGAAAAGAAAAGACCUGCAGUAUCAAUUCAGGACAGGCAAAGGAGGAAAUUUUUCAACAUGGAAAAGCUCUACAAAGAAAAUAAAGGAAAGCUAGAAAAUGAGGGAAAGCCAGAAGAUGAAGGAAGUACAGAAGAUGAAGGAAAUGCAGAUGAGGAAAAGCCAAAAGUGGAGGGGAAGUCAGAAUACGAGGGAAAGCUAGAGGAUGAGGGACAGCCAGAUAAUGAGGGACAGCCGGGAGAUGAAGGAAAGCAUGAAGGAAAACUUGAAAAGGAGGGAAAACCGGAAGAUGAAGUAGAGCCUGAAGAUGAAGGAAAGUCAGAUGAGGAAGAAAAGCCAGACGAGGCGGGAAAGCUAGAGGAUGAGGGACAGCCAGAUAAUGAGGGACAGCCGGGAGAUGAAGGAAAGCACGAAAAGCAGGGAAAGUGCGAAGAUGAGGGCAAGUCACAGGGCGAGGGCCAGCCAGAAUCCCAGGCAAAGCCAGAGAGCGAGCCGCGGGCCGCCGAAAAGCGCCCGGCUGAGGAUUAUGUGCCCCGGAAAGCAAAAAGAAAAACGGACAGGGUUACGGACGAUUCCCCCAAGGACUCUCGGGAGGACUUACAGGAAAGGCAUUUGGGCAGUGAGGAGAUGAUGAGAGAAUGUGGAGAUAUGUCAAGGGCUCAGGAAGAGCUAAGGAAAAAACAGAAAAUGGGCGGUUUUCACUGGAUGCAAAGAGAUGUCCAGGAACCAUUCGCUCCAAGGGGCCAACGGGGUGUCCGGGGAGUGAGGGGCGGAGGGAGGGGCCAGAAGGAAUUUGAAGACAUUCCAUAUGUUUAAUAUCAUUUGCCUUUAAUUCUGAUUUCUCUGGUGGGAAUAUUGCCAGUCCUGCUUUUCCUGGCAGGCAUUUGCUGGGCACUGUGCUUUUAACCUUAUGCUGAUAAUUUCCUUUAGGAGUCACUCUUGUUACCAGCACAUUUUUGACCCAACCACAGCGCUCUUUUAGUAAAGAAUUUUCGCCCAUGUGCAUGGAAGAGAUAUUCAUGGUGCAUUGUAACAUAACAAUAAUAAAACAUUUUUCAGAACACCGA